CAUCACCCUCGAGCUGUGCGUCUUAAAAUCCUGCACGGGAAAAACAACCGGGAGUCCGCUUUACACACACCGUUCAACAGAGCGGACUGAAGGCGAACGUUUCACCGUCCAUUGAUAGACAACUGAAGUAAACACAAGACCGCAAUCAUCGACCAAACGACGAGAAGAUGUCGGGAAAAGAGAGAAUCGACAUAUUCCCCUCCAGAAUGGCUCAGACCAUCAUGAAGGCUCGACUGAAAGGAGCUCAGACCGGCCGCAACCUGCUCAAGAAGAAGUCUGACGCCCUCUCCAUGCGCUUCCGUCAGAUCCUCCGCAAAAUUAUUGAAACUAAGACUAAGAUGGGAGAGGUGAUGAGAGAGGCGGCUUUCUCUUUGGCUGAAGCCAAAUUUGCAGCUGGAGACUUCAGCACAACUGUAAUCCAGAAUGUCAACAAAGCCCAAGUGAAGGUCCGAGCCAAGAAAGACAACGUGGCAGGUGUCACCCUUCCAGUGUUUGAGCACUACCAAGAAGGCGGAGACAGUUAUGAGCUGACCGGUCUGGCCAGAGGAGGAGAGCAGCUCUCCAGGUUGAAGAGGAACUACGCCAGAGCUGUUGAGCUUCUGGUGGAGUUGGCCUCCUUACAGACAUCUUUUGUCACUCUGGAUGAAGCCAUAAAGAUUACCAACCGCCGUGUGAACGCUAUCGAGCAUGUGAUUAUUCCCCGCAUUGAUCGCACCCUCACCUACAUCAUCACAGAACUAGAUGAAAGAGAACGAGAGGAGUUUUACAGGCUGAAGAAGAUCCAAGAGAAGAAGAAGCAGCUCAGGGAAAGGACAGAACUGGAGAUUGCUGAGCGCCUGGCUAAACUGGGUCCCAUCGCAGAGCCCACCAACAUGCUGAUGGAGGAGACAGACGAAGACAUGCUGUUCGAGUGAAGCCCUCUAAAGGCAGACGGUCACCGACUCCACCCACCAUCCUAUUUAUUCUGUGCCUCUCUGGCCAUGUCAAUGUCUUCUCAAGCAAGUGAUGGAAGUUGGUUUUUUUUGUGUACUUGUGAUGAUUUGUUCUGUUGUUUCAGUGUUGGAAGGUCCUGUGUGUUUGCAGAUCUGUCACUGUACAGAGCCAAAGUGUUGUCACACUUGGUUGUUUUACCCACAAGGGAGUGAAUUCACUAUGAUAAAAUAAUCUAAAUAAUAAGAAUAUACCUAUGUUUACACAUGGUGUGCGAGUGAAAUUAAAGAAGCAUUCUGUGUGACGGAUCAAACUUGUAGAUAUUUCAGUUUCCUCACAACGUUUAGAGCCAUUGCAUGCUGUAAAGCUUCAGGUGGUUGUAGAUGUCUGAGUGUGUGAGUCUGUGUUGUGGAGGCCUGUCCCGCUGCUGACCUCAUGUCACAGGGUUGUUGUUACCUCAUUUGAGGAUGUUUACCAUUGUACCAGAAACCCUAAAUAAAACUGUAAACUUGGUGUGCAAGUCAAGAAAGCCCCACACCUCCUCCAAAUAAAGAUGUUAUCAAUAUCCAA